GGGGGCGCGCACGGCGGGAGCGGGGGCGCGCACGCCGUUGCCAAGCGGCGAGUUCCGGCCGCCGUAGCUCAAGACAAAAGGAAGGAGGAACGUACUAAAAUGUCACCUGAAGUUGCCUUGAACAGAAUUUCUCCAGCGCUCUCGCCCUUCAUUUCCAGUGUGGUCAGAAAUGGAAAAGUAGGACUGGAUGCUACUAAUUGUUUACGGAUUACAGACUUGAAAUCUGGCUGUACAUCCCUGACCCCUGGACCCAGCUGUGAUCGGUUUAAGCUACAUAUUCCUUAUGCUGGAGAAACUCUCAAAUGGGAUAUAAUUUUCAAUGCUCACUAUCCUGACCUGCCACCAGAUUUUAUCUUUGGAGAGGAUGCUGAAUUUUUGCCCGAUCCUUCUGCCUUGCAUAAUUUAGCUUCUUGGAAUCCUUCAAACCCUGAAUGCCUCCUGCUUGUUGUGAAAGAGCUUGUGCAGCAGUAUCACCAAUUUCAGUGUGGCCGAUUACGUGAGAGCUCUCGUCUCAUGUUUGAAUAUCAGACGUUACUUGAAGAGCCCCAGUAUGGAGAAAACAUGGAAAUCUAUGCUGGCAAAAAAAACAACUGGACUGGAGAAUUCUCAGCUCGCUUCCUCUUGAAGUUGCCUGUUGAUUUCAGCAAUAUUCCUACAUACCUUCUCAAGGAUGUGAAUGAAGAUCCUGGAGAAGAUGUUGCACUUCUCUCUGUUAGUUUUGAGGAUGCAGAAGCUACUCAGGUUUUUCCGAAGCUGUACCUCUCCCCACGUAUUGAACAUGCGCUUGGAGGAUCAUCCGCCCUUCACAUCCCAGCCUUUCCUGGUGGAGGUUGUCUUAUUGACUAUGUACCCCAAGUAUGCCAGCUGCUAACAAACAAGGUACAGUAUGUUAUUCAGGGAUACCAUAAGAGAAGAGAGUACAUUGCAGCUUUCCUGAGUCACUUUGGAACCGGUGUGGUGGAAUAUGAUGCAGAAGGCUUCACAAAGCUCACUCUGUUGCUGAUGUGGAAAGAUUUUUGCUUCCUUGUUCACAUUGACCUACCCCUGUACUUUCCACGAGACCAACCAACCCUAACAUUUCAGUCCGUCUACCACUUCACCAACAGUGGCCAGCUGUACUCCCAGGCCCAGAAGAAUUACCCUUACAGCCCGCGCUGGGAUGGCAACGAAAUGGCCAAGAGAGCAAAGGCCUAUUUCAAGACAUUUGUCCCUCAGUUCCAGGAGGCAGCAUUUGCUAAUGGGAAGCUUUAGGCAGCCUCAGGCAUGGAAACGAUACUGAACAGAUCCUUCAGUGUCAGCCCACAAGAAGAAUGCCUGGAAAUGGGAUGGACUGGCGAUAUGUGCUUUCUUGCCUCUGAAGUGAUUUUGGUAGCUUCACUUUUUGAAACAAAGACCUCAGUAGCAUGCUUAGAACUGGAUAUUUGAUAUUUGUCCUGUCCCUUUGCCUCUGCCACCACCAUUCCUAUGUAUUUUCUGGAUUAAAUUUAAAAGGACGUGUUUUGAUGUGAUAACACUUUCUUGUUCCAACAAUGUCCUGUAUGUUAUGCCUUGUUUCCUUGUCUUCAGAUGGUCUAAAUUGGAUUUUUUUUUCCCCAUGGAAAUAUGAUGUAGUUUGUAUAUUUAGUUAAUGUUUUCAGCUUAUCCUAAGAAAACAUAAAACUGCCGUUAUGUACCAGGAAUGCCUAGUGGACUGUACAGUGCCAUAGUCUACCUUGGAGGUUUGCGUCUCACUGCGGUCGUUACUCUCACAGGUAUGGACAUGAGUUGCACACUUCAAUUCUUAGUGCCUUUGCAGUUGGUCUGAAGUUAAAAUGGCAGGGUGUUUGAGGGUUGUUUGGUUUUUUUUAAUAUUUCUGUUGAAAGCUCAUCUUAUGUGAAAUGCUAUGCUUUUAUGCUUUGUUUUUAUUUCCAGUUGUACAGUUUUGGUGUUUUACUAAUGAACUCCCCUUGCCAUUACAGAAAAGUUCUACUUCUUUAGUACCAAUGUGCAAGGAACUAGUUAUAUAAAUCAGUAUAACAAAAUAAAGCUCUUUCAUAGAUCUGUAAUUUUCCCAAAUAAGAUAAAUACUGCUAAGAAGCAAGCUUUCAACAAGGGAAUGAAUGAUGUCUUGGAAAAUAACAUGAAAUAAUGUAGGGCUAUAGGUAUUUAGCUUAAUGCCUAAGUUCAGCAUGUCUUCUCAGAAAUAAUUUUAUGUGUAUAUAACUGGAAACAUUACCUCCCCUAAUUCUGAAAUGCCAAACACAAAAUCCCACCUAAUCAUCCUUUCUUUCCUGCUUGUGUCAGGAGCACCAUUUGGGGCUAACUGUCACAAUGUCACUUCCCAAAUUAAUUUGUGAAUAGACCAGGGUACUUUCCAGUAAGGAAUAAAAUGAACAGUGUUUGUUGCUUAUAAAUGGCAUCUGGAAAAUGUGCCCUACUUCUGCAAAAUAUAAGGAACUAAAUGAAUAGUAUGCAGAUGAUACAGUGGAACUGGAAAACAUUUAAUUUUAAAUUAUUCACUGUACCACCACGUGCAAUGAAAUCUUAUCGAAUUACUUGACUGGCAGUAUUCUUCUACCCUUUCUGCAAUUUGUUUAUUACAUGAAAAAUAGUGCUUUUGAGGCUUUAUGUCCACCUAGGAAAUGCAGAUGGGUUUUGAGCAGUGAAGCUUGAUACUUAAGAAUUAUGCAAAUAAUUCACCUCUAGAAACUACAGGUAUUUUUAGCUAGUUUAUGGGCAAAAUUUAAUUUAUGUUUAAUACUGAAGUUCUUGGCUGGAAAUUUAACUGCAAACGACAUCAGAAGCCUUAUUGUAACUCCACAGAGGAGGGGGCAUAUUCUGUCCUGUGACCCAUCCCUUCGUGAUUUUCAGUGCAUUAUUUGAGGACUGCCAACAGCUCCAAAGGUCUGAGCCUGAAUUCCCUCUGUGGAGACAUUGCAUGCGGCUUCUGCAUGCAAACCAAAGCUUAGAGCAGAUGUGGAAGGUAAUGGUUAUAUGUGAAUAGCAAAACCAUAACUGAACAACCUUAAGUGACUGGGAACAAGCAUUGUUUAGUGCACUGGGAUGAUCUCACAUUUGCAUUUCUUUAGGUAAAAGCCAAAGCCAUGUAUUUAAGAAUAAGCCAACCUUGUGAAUGAGGUGGGAGAAGGAGGAUGGCUAAUGAAAAACAUAUGUUCUCAUAGUGUUCAAAAUCUGAUAAGAACAAUCUCUAGCCAUCUUCAAAAGGUAAAAAUCAAGCCUUCAAGUUGCCUCAGUACAUUCCUGGGAUCUUACAUUUUAUAACCUUGUGUUUGAUUCAGCAUUGUAGUGAUUGCCCCAUGAACACAGUGUGUACUUAUAUACCUGAUUGUCUGCCACGGCCCGAGGGUGAAGGGAAUAGGGACACGACACUGCACAAAGGGUUCUGACACAGUAGAAGGUCAGGGUGCGAUGGCCAGUUUAUUGAGGGGAACAAGGACUUAUACAGGGUUUGGGUAAAGGGAGAUCUGAUAACUGGGGUGGAGCAUGGGAUUGACACCUCAGGGGAGAGCAGGACUGGGGAACACGGAGAAGAUGGGUGGAACUUUAGGAGUAUCCAGGGUAGGGGACCAAUGGGAGCUCACUCUGCACUGCGGCAUCCAUCAGCCAAUCAGUGAGAGAUGAGCGGGAAAACCAGGGGAGAACAAGGGAGUAAACAACUUUUGGUGGGAAGACGUGAGGGCAAGUCCAGACAAGCCCUGAACAAUACAAACCAAGGGGAUUAACAUAGGAAUAAUUGUGGGGGUACAUUGAACAUGGCAAUAAACUGGGGAAUAACGUGAAAGUCCAUGAAUUAUUAAGUCUUUCAGGCCCCAUACAAGUCUGUCCAGGCCUUAAAUCUCUCCCAGUCACUUGGGUAAUCCUCCUCAAUUGUCCAGGUGGCACCACUAUUUUUUUUUUUUAUUUUUUCAGAAAUUGCCAUGAUUCAAAGGCUAGCAGUUGCAAAACAUUUUGGAAAGAGAUCCACUCUUCAUAAUUAAGAUUUAUUUUCAACCAAAAAUGCAUCCUUCACCUCAGUCCCAGUAAUUUUGGACAAAGACCUGUUUUAUUAUUAAAAGACUAAGAGUUUUAGAAGCCAUGUAAGAAAAUACUUUGAAGGUACAAAAAGCCUAAACCAGUAAUUCCUUGUGUUGAAUUCUAUAGUUUCAUCAGCUUUCCAGUAACAUGCAUGGAAACAAACCAGUAGUUUCAGUCUCAUUUUGUGUCAUGCUACAAUUGGUAGUAUGUGGGGGGAAAAAAAAGGUAAAAUAAAAAGAAAAUGUGAAACUGUACUGUUUGUGUUUAAGAUAAAGUUUGCAAGCCUAUCAAUUUUUAAAUUAAAGAAAAGGCAUUUUUGUUACACUUAAUGAACAUUUUCUUUGACCUGCACAGUAUUUUAUGGAUCCCUUCCUUAUAGUUCUCAGAAGUAUUGGGGGUGUUAGCAUUGCAAAUGGUGUAUUGGAAGGAAAGACACUGAAAUGAGUGAAAGCUUCCUUCCAGAAGGAGGAUUACCAUAUAAAUACUACACCAGAAAAGAGAGUUAGUCUGAAUAAUUUUAUAUCAAAUCAAGUAUUCAUUGAAGGCAUUUAAGGUAGGAUGUUGGGAUCUAGUUGGGAUCUAGUAAGUUGGAGUUAUUUCUGUUGUCUCCUGUUUUAUUAUAAUAUCCAUUGUGGCCAGUUUAAUGGCACAGAGACUUUCAGCACUUAUGUGAUAUAACUGCAUAUAUCGCAGUUAAAAGGAGCAGUCAGAUCUAGGCUAUUUUCCUUGGUUUAUGAGAAUCACAAGACAUAAAGACGAAAAAUAGCAAUGUUACAAACAUAUCAGAAAGCCUAAAUUCAACUCUGUCAUAGUUCUGACUGAAAGAAAUGCAGUAAGGCUGUAGUUACUAAGCCCUAUUAAUGCACGAUUUUCCAAAGGUCCUUAAACUGCAAAUGUGCUGCCAAGCCUUUAUUCAUCUGCAUACAUAUUCCACUGUGCUAGAAGUAAUACCAAAUCUUAUGGAUUUAAAGUCAGCCUUCUUGUGAACUUGCUGGAAAGAGUGGACAAACAGCUGGAAGAAUAAAUAAAAGUAAAAUAUAUCAUA